AAGAUCUGAGUUGCUAUAGUCUUGGAGGUUCUAAAUACGCAAACAAAACAUCAAGAAGACAACACCCCAUCAUUGCAAUUCCAAGAGAGAAAUUAAACUAGAUUUCAAAUACUUCAUUUCAGAUUCAGGAUGUGAAGAAGUCAAAGGGCAAUGGACAAGUAUGAAGUUCUGAAGAUUAUUGGAUUUGGGAGUUAUGGUUUGACCAAGCUUAUGAGGAACAAGAUAACUAAAGAACUGGUUGCUGUGAAAUUUAUAGAAAGAGACAAGAUAAAUGAGGAUAUUGAGCGAGAGAUCAUAAAUCAUAGGUCACUCGCGCACCCAAAUAUAGUGAAUUUAAUGGAGAAGGUUCUGAGUACACCCACCCACAUUGUGAUUGUGAUGGAAUAUGGUGCUGGAGGAGCGCUCUAUGACCGCAUCAUAACUAGAAAGAGAUUCAGUGAAGAUGAGGCUCGACACUUCUUCCAGCAAUUAAUCUCGGGAGUAAGCUAUUGUCAUUACAUGCAAUUAUGUCAUAGGGACUUGAAGCUAGCCAAUACUCUCUUGGAUGGGAGCUCUGUGCCGAUCCUAAAAAUUUGUGAUUUUGGCUUCUCAAAGUCAUCUGUGCUCCAUUCAGCACCUGAUUUAACUGUGGGCACUCUAAUGUACAUUCCUCCAGAGCUUAUUCAUUCUCCUAAUACAUAUGAUGGCAAGAAUGGAAGACAUAAUAUCUUAUAUUUCAAUCUAUUCCGAAAUGGAGAAGAAAAAUGCAUGGAUAAAAGGAGAUUACAAUUUGACAUUUUAAGUGCUUUCCAGUUGGUAGAUGUUUGGUCAUGUGGAGUGACAUUAUAUUUUAUGCUAGUUGGAGAAUACCCUUUUACUGACCAGAAAGAUUCCAAAAACUUGAGUGAGAUUAUGCAGCGUAUACUGAAUGUUCAAUACAAGAUCCCUGCCUCUGUUGACAUAUCUCAAGACUGCAGGCAUCUUCUUUCUCGCAUAUUUGUUGCUCCUGCAAGCAGGAGAAUCACAAUAGAGGAAAUCAAGAACCACCCAUGGUAUUUAAAGAACUUGCCAUGGAAGGAAUCUGAAGCUGCUCAAAGUAUCUACCACAGAAAAGAAAACACAGUAUUUUCUCCCCAGAGUGUCGAGAGCAUCAUGGAAACUGUGGUAGACGCCAGGCACCAAGCGAUGAAUCCUCCUUUAGUUUUCAGUUCAAUUACAGGGUUUAAAAGCGAAAAACAGAACAAUGAUGACAAAGAACAGAAUCUGAAAGAUUCUCAAGACAGGGAAGCCAAAGAGAAGAUGGUCAGCGAUGAGCUUUACAUGACACAUCCAAGAAAACGCACAAGAUACAGUUCAAACAGAACACCGAUAUGCACAAAUCCGGCUAGUAUGGAAAUUGCGGUUCGAUAUGCCAACAUUCUUGACCAGAAUUAUAAUUAUUUAACUCAAGUUGGUUAUUAUGAGGAUAUGACAAAAUUGAUGGAGUGGUGGAUCCACGCAAUGGUUCCUGAGGAUUAUAGAACGAAGAAGAGCCCACGCAUUGGUUUGUCUCGCGUUCCAGAAACUCAGCUCCUUACUGAUCUAGCAGCUCGAUAUCACUCUGAGAGCAGGGACAGCUCUUGGAAUACAAAUACUGGACUUGCCAAGCCAUCUGCUAUUCCAGACAUAGUUUUUGUGCAAGUGGUUUGCCUAGUUCUCCAAAACGCCCAAGCUAACCUGGCCAUGUACACUAGGCCACCGUCAUACGAGCAAGUCACAACCCUGGCUCGGACUGCUCUGGAGAUUGCGGACCCAAAUAGUCAGAGUACAUCCACAUUUUCAGGUGAUAUAGUUGGAGAGGUUAUAAAAUUGGUAGGUAACAUACUCACUGACAUCUACGAGAAGUAUGAGAAGUAUGAAGCCCGUGCACAAGAGCUGCAGGGGAGUGCUGGAGCCAAUAAAGAGUCCGAAGAUGAUAGAACCGAGAUGGACGAGGAUACAGAUGAUAGCGGCAAUGCAACAAGGAUGUCGCCCAGGAGCAUCUACAAUGGCAAUGGCUGCGAGGACAGGUGGAUACAUGAUUUUGGAGAUGAAUUCUAACACAAACAAAAUGCGAAAACCAGAAUUAGAAGGUUGGUCGGAUCCUCUUGGCUCAUGUUAUCUGUCUGGCAUCUAUUACACUGUAUUUGCUGACAAUAAUUAGAAGUUGAUUAGAUAUUAUUUUGAUUUAUUUUCAACUUAUCAGUAUUGCUACACCAUGGUUGUUAGAAUAAUUAGAAACGUAUUAGAACGAUAGAUAAGUUUUAAAUUAGUCAUUUGGAAUGUAUAUAAGCUUCGUCGUCAGACUUGUAAUGCUUGAUACAGAACAAGUCUGCAAAACUUUUAUAUAAGCAUACACUUUUGUUCUUCA